GGCGUGCCCUGACUAGCGGCGUUGCGGGCGCUGGUCCCGGCUGUGCCGGCUCCCAUGGCGGCGGUGCCGCCGCCGGUCUACGUAUACAGCCCGGAGUACGUGACCCUCUGCGACUCCCUCUGCAAAGUGCCCAAGCGGGCCAGCAUGGUGCAUUCACUGAUUGAAGCAUAUUGCUUGCUUGACCAAAUGAAGAUAGUCAAGCCAAAAGUGGCCUCCAUGGAGGAAAUGGCGAGUUUCCACACAGAUGCUUACCUGCAGCACCUGCAGAAGGUCAGUGAGGAGGGGGAUGAUGACCACCCGGAGUCUGUGGAGUAUGGACUGGGUUACGACUGUCCAGCCACUGAAGGGAUCUUUGAGUAUGCAGCGGCUGUGGGAGGAGCCACCAUCACUGCAGCCCAGUGCCUGCUGGAUGGCAAGUGCAAAGUAGCAAUUAACUGGCCUGGAGGGUGGCAUCAUGCAAAGAAGGAUGAAGCUUCUGGUUUCUGUUACCUGAAUGACGCUGUCUUGGGGAUCCUGCGACUGCGCCAGAAAUUUGACCGCAUCCUUUAUAUUGAUUUGGAUUUGCAUCAUGGGGAUGGAGUUGAGGAUGCCUUUAGUUUCACCUCGAAGGUCAUGACUGUUUCUCUGCACAAAUUUUCACCAGGAUUUUUCCCAGGCACUGGUGAUGUGACAGAUGUUGGCCUGGGAAAAGGUCGCUACUACAGCGUGAAUGUGCCCAUUCAAGAUGGCAUCCAGGAUGAAAAAUAUUACCAGAUCUGUGAAUCAGUGCUGAAGGAGGUGUAUGCUGCCUUCAACCCUGAUGCAGUUGUGCUGCAGCUGGGGGCGGACACCAUUGCUGGAGACCCCAUGUGCUCUUUCAACAUGACACCUGAGGGAGUGGGGAAGUGCCUUAAGUAUGUCCUGCAGUGGCAGCUAGCAACUCUUGUCCUGGGAGGAGGAGGUUACAACCUUGCCAACACCGCUCGCUGCUGGACAUACUUGACUGGGGUCAUCCUUGGGAGAACACUGUCCUCUGAGAUCCCUGAUCAUGAGUUCUUCACAGAGUAUGGUCCUGAUUAUGUGCUGGAGAUCACACCAAGCUGCAGACCAGACCGCAAUGAGCCACAGAGAAUUCAAGAAAUUCUGAACUCUAUCAAAGAGUGGGAUGGCCGUCUUGCCGCCCACGCAAGGGAGCCAAGCCGGAGCGCCGUUCCAGUCCCUCCCUGUCGGGCACGUCGCUGUACCAGACCCGCCUGGGGCAGCCCGCGUUCCUCUGGGCGCUGCAGUGUCCUCGUGGACGCCGGAGAUGAGCUGUUGACAGUCCCCUCCCCGGGGCACGAAGGACCUCUCGUGGUGGCGAUCCUGCGCUGCUACCCUUUCGGGGCCGAAGAGAUGCCGGCGGUAGGGACUGCGCCUGCUCCCCGCCCCUGUGGUCCCCCAAGGCGGGUCCGAACCUCCUUGUGGGCCAUCUUGUGCCUGCAGAAGUUCCACGUCCAGACCCGCGCCCCGGGGAGACUCUGGAGCCCCCCGGAGCCCGGCUCGCCGCUCGCCUAGGGCUUGGGGACGCAGCCGCGGGGAGCCGCCCCCUCCAGGCUGCUGGCCCCGGCCUCAUCGACUCGGACCCGGCCGACAAGGUGCUCAGGUCGCUGGUGGUGGAGCUUGGCCUCAGCAGGGCGGACGAGCUGCCGGAGCUCUGGCUUGGUCACCACGAGCUCGACUCCCGGUCGGACCUGCCGGUCGGAGCGCGGCUGGGGCGGGGGCCUCCUACCUCACCUCACCAGUGAGCAGCGUCCCGGCGCCCCGGGCACCAGCGCAGCGGCAGCGGGGAACGCUCGACACCCGGCCGAGUGUGGGACGGGGCUGGAGGAGGAGCUGCGGCCGCGCUGCCCGUCCUAAAACGCGCCGGCGUCGCUGUGGGCCCGACGGGCGAGGCGUCUCCAGCCGCCGUGUAAUGAAAUCCGGAAGGAUCGUUGUUCCCACGGCUGUGCCCUUUGUCCAUUUCGGCGAAGGACAUUGUGUGAAGCAGCCCUUGAUGGAAGGAGAGUGGGCCCCCCAAAGCUCCAGUGUGUCUUCUCGGCUUAUGAUGUUCCCAUCCUUGUUGUUGUUGAAAAUUAUACAACUUUCCUAGUAACUUUUCUAGUUAAAAUUUUUAAUGAAUUGUUUUAAUCAAUCAUGAACAGUGUAAUUUUCCACCGUAGCCAAGCACUUAGCAAGGUUUUUCAUAAACUGCUAUUGUAGGAAUGCAGGUCAGGAAAAUUACUAAAACUUUUAAGUUUUGCUAAGCCAACUUUGAUACACUUAAUUGGACUAAGCAUGGGAGAGUCCAGCUGAAACUGGACUCAUGGAAUGCAAAAUUUAUAGUCUGCAAGAACAUUUUGCAUGACCCAGAAAUAAAGAAACUAACAAAGACAAUUCAGCAAUUGUCUUAUCUGGGAAAAAGAUAGUAAGAUAAUGUUAUAGAUACAUAUUAUAACAGCGGCUUUUCACUAAUAUUAAAAUGGAUUUAUAUGUGGGAUGUUAAAGUAACUUUCUAACAAAGAUUGUUUUUAUUUCUGUUGUUAAUUAAACUUAGACAUAGUAGUGAAAGAGCUAUGCUUGUGUUAAAAUGCCUGCUUGGAUGAAAUAACAUCCAGUGAACACAGGAUGAGGACACCUGCUACAGAUAUGCCAACGAUCAGCACUCACCGUCUGAAGGCAGUGUGGAUCAAGGCCCAAAACCAGGAGAUGAUAAGAAUGGAUUAAAACCACAACCAAGGAAUCUGCAUGCUCUAAAAAGGCAGACGCAAGGAGGAGCCCUGCUGAACAGUUCUUGGAACAUGUAAACUAGUUUGGGGAAAAUGUUUACUAUGCAUAAGGGCCUAUGAAUAUAUAACAGGCUGAUGUAACAGAAAGGUAUUUAAGUGGUAUCCCCAAAGAUAACUGUGUGGUCUUGGCUGAGUGCCAAGAUGCAGCCAGCUGAAAUAACCUUUGCCCUGUGGUCCUUGUCUCUUAGUGCCCUUUAUUAAACUUUUUAAAUUUUCACAGGAGAGUGAACAGAUUUUUCACAGAUCAUAACGACUGAAAAUGUAGGCUCAUGAGCAUGAGAAGUAAGAAAUCUGUAACCAGUAGAAGAUAAAAUACUAAUUAAUGAAGAGAACUAUGUAUUUUAUAGCAAAUGAACAUUAAUUGCUUUGCAUAAGUAAUGAAAAGUUUUGGAAGUGUGCAAAGUGUGUAAGUUGCAAGUGUGUGUGAUAGGUGGAGCUCCCUCUAUUCACCCAGCACUCUGAAUAAAGUAAUGCUGCUUUCUAAUCUAAA